AUGGCAAUUGAUAAGGAUAAGUUGUUUGCUGACCUAAUAAAAGAUAAGCCAAGCUUAAAGCAUGAAAUGGCACCAACAUAUAAUCCUUCGGAAGUUGAGUUGUAUUGGGACACCAUUUGGUGUGAAUCAAAAAUAUAUUCUCCAAACUUUGAAAGGGCAAGAAAUUUGCCUUUUGAAAAUAAAUUUGUGAUUGCUCUUCCCCCCCCCAAUGUUACGGGAAGACUUCACUUAGGCCAUACACUUACUGCGGCAAUUCAAGAUAGUUUGUGUCGUUAUCACAGAUUAACAGGGAAAGAAGUACUUUGGAUUCCAGGUACUGAUCACGCUGGUAUUGCCACUCAAACGGUUGUAGAAAGAAUUAUUCAUAAGACAGAAAAUGUUACUCGACAUGAUUUAGGAAGAGACAAUUUUCUUAAAAAAGUUUGGGAAUGGAAAGAGAAACACGGAUCUGCUAUUUGUACUCAAUUUCGUAGGCUCGGAUGCUCGCUAGACUGGUCAAGAGAAUUUUUUACUUUGGAUGAAAAUAUGUCCAAAGCAGUAAAUAAAGCAUUUAUUCAAUUAUUUAAUCAGGGGUAUAUUUUUAGAAAAACCAGGUUGGUAUCUUGGUGUUCAUAUCUUCGCACGGCUCUAUCAGACAUAGAAGUCGAUCUAUUAGAAAUUAGCAAACCUUCAAGAAUUAGAAUUCCAGGUUAUGAAAAAACGGUUGAAGUUGGGGUUCUAUGGUACUUUUCUUACCCACUAGAGCAGCAAGGCCAAACCUAUGAAUGGCACUUUAUGCCAGAAAACAAUACUAGUAUUGAAAAAAUUACCGUCGCUACUACAAGAAUUGAGACUAUGCUGGGGGAUGUUGCCGUUGCGGUAAACCCAAAAGAUAAUAGAUACAAGUCACUAAUAGGAAAGUAUUGUUUACAUCCAUUUAUCAAAGAUCGUAAAGUUAUUAUUAUUGCAGACGAACAUGUAGAUCCAGAAUUUGGAACGGGAUGUGUCAAAAUUACUCCUGCGCAUGAUAAAAACGAUUUUGAAAUAGCAACAAGGUAUAAUGAAAAGCAUAAGAAUGAGCCGCUAUUUGAGGAACUUAAGUUCAUAUCUGUAUUUACCAAGGAGGGAAAUAUUGGGCCUGGUUUUGGAAUUUUUUCUGGAAUACAUCGUUUUAAAUGUAGAGAACUGAUUGAAAAAGAGCUCGAAAAUAAUAAACUGCUAGUUGAGAAAACUCCAAAUACAAAAACAAUGCAAAUUCCAAUUUGCUCAAGGUCAAAUGACAUAGUUGAAUUAUUCUUAAUCCCCCAAUGGUGGAUGAAUUGUAAACCAUUUGCUGAGAGAGCAUGUAAAGCUGUCAAGAAUCAUGAACUUAAGAUUGAACCCAAGUUUCACGAACAAACUUGGUUUUAUUGGUUGGAGAAUAUUCAAGAUUGGUGCAUUUCUAGGCAGCUUUGGUGGGGUCACAGAAUACCUGCAUAUAGAGUUAUUUCGAGUAAAUUAAAUUCUACAGAAGAAAUUUGGAUUGCUGCUGAAAACGAAGAAGUGGCAAUUGAAGAGGCAAUUCAAAAAUACGGUUUAAAAAAAUCUGAUUUUCAUGUAUUAAGAGACAAUGAUGUGCUUGACACAUGGUUUUCAUCUGGCCUAAUCCCAUUCUCUCCUCUUGGGUGGCCAGAUGAAAUCAACAAAAAAACUAAAAUGAAUGAUUUUUCUACUUUUUUUCCAACAACUCUUUUAGAAACAGGAUCAGAUAUACUAUUUUUUUGGGUUGCUCGAAUGGUCAUGUUGAGUUUUGCCUGUACUGAUCAAUUACCUUUUAAAACUAUUUACUUGCAUGCAAUGGUACGUGAUUCACAAGGAAGGAAGAUGUCAAAAUCACUCGGAAAUGUGAUAGAUCCAAUAGAGAUUAUCGAGGGAAUUUCUCUUGAUGAUUUAAACAAAAGGCUUGAUCAGGGAAACCUCCCUUUACAAGAAAUUAAAAAAUCAAAAGAGAACAAUCUUAAGGACUUUCCCGAUGGAAUUCCUGAGUGUGGAGCAGAUGCACUCAGAAUUGGCCUACUAGCCUACACAAAGCAAGGAAGAAACAUUAACUUGGAUACAAAGCGUGUAGUUUCAUACAGGUAUUUUUGCAAUAAAUUAUGGAAUGCUUGCAAAUUUGCAUUUGGUAACAUUGAAAACGUUUCGAAUUGCAUGAAUAAGAACUUCGAAGCGAUUUCUAUAAACCAGUUAUUCUCAAAUUACAAUGAGGACUUACUUUGGGAGGAUUAUUAUAUUCUUUAUCGAUUGAUGGAGUGCAUUAAUAAUGUUAAGGAUUCAUUUGACAAUUUCUUAUUCUCUGAAGUUGUGACGGCAACAUACAAUUUUUGGCUUUAUGAACUUUGUGAUGUAUAUCUUGAGCUCGUAAAGAGUAGAUUUAAAAAUAUCGAGUCAUCGUUUGGAUAUGCGUUCACAGCAGCUCAGGUUUUGUCUAUUUGUAUUGAGUAUGGAUUAAUCCUUUUACAUUCAUUAACUCCAUUUGUCACGGAAGAGCUCUAUCAAAGAUUUAAACAAGUGAUUAGAUCGCCUACAAUUACUUCAAUCUCCACGUCAAGAUUUCCUACAGUUUUUGUCCACAGUAGCUUAACGCCCACUAGAGAGCAAGAGUUCAAAAAAAUGAUGAACAUCGUUACGAAAAUACGCUCUUUAACGACAAUACUUGGAAUAUCUAACAAGGACAAAAUAAAUAUUAAAGUUUAUGUAGUUUACAAUGGAACAGACCCCGAAUCUAUAGAUCUUAUUUCAAAUGUUGCACCCACAUUUGUUACCAAACUAUCACAAAUAGGUGGGACAGUGGCACUUUUUGAUCCAAGUGCGAAUGAGAUUGAAAAACUCAGAAAAAAUUGUUUGCUCGACGUCGUAGAUGAAAAGACCGUUUAUUAUUUGAGGCCUCCAGAGCUUGUAGAUUUAUCAAUAGCGCUUAAGAAAAUAGAAAAACAGCUUGACUCAAAUGUUAAAUCACUUGAAUCAUACAAUAAGAAGAAGUCGUCUUCAUCAUAUGAUAAAGUUCCAGAAUCUAUCAAGAAGCUUAAUGAUGAAAAAAUUGAACAACUUGCUUCUACUAUUGAUGCGCUUAAAGUUGCACAUUUAAAUAUAAAGAACCUUAUUAAUCAAUAA